CGCGAGCUCACCGCCGCCGUAGUGUCAGUUAGCGGCUGCGAAAUAGAACGCCGGCGGGAUUGCGCAGGAGUCGCAACACCACUAACGAAAUAACUCAAUCGCCGGGUCCUCAAAGGCUUCGGCCUUCGUGGACGCGCGCGGCUUCCGAAAAGGAACGGAUGAAAUAUCGGCGCGGCCCUGGCUCGCGGCGCACGGCGCCUUAAUUAAUUAAAUUCCGUAAAUUAGUCGAGUUGUGCACGGGGAAAAAAGGUGUGUCGCGAGACCGCGCGGCUGCGAAGGCGAGUCCUUGAGGCGUGGAAUCCUUUCAAUGAAAUUAAAUAAAAAAAAUUAAUUAGAUCGCGUCGGAACAAAUUAAAUGGGACGGGGUGGAAUGAGAUGGGUUUUAAUUGAAGUGAGCCGCGUCGAAUUGUGUCACACUGUGUGCGUCACGUUAAAGGAGAGAAUGGGGUCGAGAGAAUCGAGAAAUGGAAGAACCCCCUUCGUUCGUUAUGCAUGUGCGAAGCUAGAUAAACGCGUGCACAGAAUGUAUGUAUAUGUGUCAGAUUUAAUCUUGUGAUGGUAAUUAACGGUGAGGAGACUGCCAUCAAGAUAGCUCUCUCUGAGGGAUAGCGCCGAGAUAACUCUUCGUUGUCUUCGAGCCUUUAGUCAGGGCUCGAUCGAUCGGUCGAGGUUUGCAACGAUCUUGCUCUUCGCUCGCGAAAGGCGAGCUCUGAGCUGCCGUGUCGUUAACAGUUGGGAAAAUCGCGCGAGUCUGUCGACCCAGUUGCGGAAUAAUAUCGCAGCCGGCAUCUGAUUGUAAAUGCGACGCGGGGGAGAGGAGCGGAGAGUAAUUGCGACCGCCGCGCUGCAGACGAUGACCGGAAGUCGAUCCGCGAUCGGAGAUCACCGCCGUGGAGUCCUUUCACUGACGGGACCUUUUAUCAGUGGCCUUGAUGCUCGCUGUUUAUAACGCCCGCGAUUUGGCUCGCGAAAAGCCAAAGGUCGCCGACGAGGAAGAAGAGUAUAAAACUCAACGGACGCUCAGGGCAAGGUCCUCGGCAAUGUCAAGUGUGUCUCACCUGGCUUCGCCGUUUUAAAACAAGAAUCGUCAGACGUUAUAGAGUCUGAAAAAGAAAAAAAGAAGCGCGUUUAUAGUUAAAAAGAAAAAUCGUUAUUACAACAACACUGAAGAACUCAAAACUCAGCGGAUAUUCUCAGCAAGUCGGGUGUAUUUCUUUUGGAUUUUUAAUUUUUAAAAAUAAGACGAAGUCAUCAGACAUUACAGGAUUUAGAGUAGAAAAAGAGAAGGGUGUUUUUAACUAAGAAAAUAACAAAGGCAAAAAUAAUCGCUUUGCGACGACACCGGAAUUUGCAAGUCGAAGUAAUCCUCAGGCUUCAACCUGCAACAACCGUUCUGUUUCUAUUCUUUUUUCAGAAUUUAAAGACCAAUCUUUCAGUUUUCUUCUUGCACGAUUGAUCGCAAUUCCAACGAGGACGACGCUGCAAACCGCACAGCAGAUGCAACCGAAACGUUGUAAGCAGCACGUCACGCAAUGUAAACGCGAGGUCGCUGCCAAGGUCAUCAAGUGCACCACCAACCACCACCACCACCACCAUCGCCACCACCACCGCCAACCACGAGCCGGGGGUGUCAGGCUGGAUCGUCGGCGUCGGGGAUCGCGAUAUCCCUCGCAGUGGUCAGCCGCCGAUCGUCGCGAGGUAGUCCUGACCGCGGUCGUCGCUGUCCGACGCAGGUUAAACUUUCGUGGUGGGGUGGAUGGCCGACGGUGGCGGCAGUAGCGGCAGCGGUGGCGACGGUGGCAGCGACGGGUGGCUCGCGGAUUGCCCGUGGCAGAGCCUGGCAGCCGGGGGAUGCAGCGUCCCGGCGGCGAAAGGACCUCUUACAUCAGCCUGUGGCGCGAGUUUCUCGUCUUCAACUCGGCCACCAAGAGGUUCGGCUUAAAUCGUCGCCCGAAGAAGCCUAGCGGGAUGAACGUGUCCACGGUGUUCCCCGAAGGAUACGUGGAAAAUGAGCGAGCGCAGCGUCAUGCAUCGGCGAUGACGGUGAAGGAGGAGGGGGAAUACGAUCUGGAAAAAUAUCGCCGCGUGAAGGAGUUCGUCGGCCUGGAGGAGGUCACCAAACUGGACUUUCUGGUGAUGCUGUUCGCCGAGACCCUGGGCACAUUCCUGCUAGUCCUCAUAGGAUGCGCCUCCUGCAUCACGUGGGUGGCUGCGACGCCGCCGACUGUCCUGCACAUCGCCUUCACCUUCGGCCUCGCGGUAGCGAGCUUGGCGCAGGCUUUGGGUCCGAUCUCCGGCUGUCACGUAAAUCCGGCUGUGUCGUUUGGUCUGCUGGUCAGCGGAAACUGCACAUUUCUCAAAGCCAUUAGUUACAUGGUGUGCCAAUGUUGCGGCGCCAUCGCAGGCUCCGCGGUCCUCAAGUUGAUAAUGCCAGCAGCGCAAACAUCAUACGGCCUAGGCGCUACAAUGCUGGGGCCCGGCGUGACGAUCGUCCAGGGUAUCGUAAUGGAAGCGAUUAUCACGUUCCUACUGGUGCUGGUGGUGCACGCGGUCACAGACCCGAAGCGCACCGACACGAGAGGCUGGGCCCCGCUGGCGAUCGGUCUGACGAUCUCGGCGGCCCACAUGGCGGCGGUGCCGUUCACGGGCAGCAGCAUGAACCCAGCGAGAACUCUGGGUCCCGCCGUGAUCGACGGCCAGUUCAGAAACGUCUGGAUCUACUGGGUGGGUCCGAUCGCCGGCGGCUGUACGGCUGGUGGCGUCUACAGGAUGGGUCUGAGGUCCAACAAGGAAGACGACGAGGCCUCGUACGACUUCUGAGGAUAACAUAUGACUCGCAGGGAUGAAAUCCACACGCGAAAGACGAAACGAGAAGAAGAGUCUCUCUUUCCUAUCUUCUUAAUCAAGAAAUUAUAAAUUAGAAGUAUUUUUCUGAAACGCAGACAAAAGAAAGACUUUGGUUAUCAUGAUCGGCGCGAUCGUCAUAAUUCGAUCGCGUCGAUCAAACUCUAUCGAUGUUAGUCGAGGUGAUGUGUAAAUUUUACGUCCGUUAUUUUGUACGUCGCCUUUCUCUGAGUUUUGUAUAUAUUGUACCUAAAGUAGCUCGUAGCGAGAUCGAAUGUAUUAUCUAGCAAUUUAGUCUAAAACUUAAUAAGUAGCUUACAGUGCACCUCGCGUGCAAAUGAUACAAAUGAAGGCAUUAACAAAUAUACUUAUUUUUUGUCAUCAGUA